AUGAGUGGCGGCCUAGGGCAGCGUUGUCGCAGCGUUUCGGUGUUAAUCAUCCCAACGUCGACGGAGUGGGCUCAUGUCCACAGCAGAGUCUAUAGUGAGACCCCAAGCCCCAUUGACAACAGCAAACAAGGGCUGAAGCCGGUGUGGUUUCUCAACCGCUGUGUGUGGUGCGCCAACGGUGGUGAAAAAGGUGGCAGAUGGACUGCAGACUGCAGCAACAGCAGCAGCAGAGGUGGAGGUGGUGUGGAAAGUGGGGCAGUCAGCAUUAUGAGAGCGCAAUGGGUUGGGGUACUUGCCUUCGUUGCAGUCCUCACCAUCGGCUCGCAAUGGAACUCUACUUCGUCUUUCAUCCCCACUCUCCUCCUCCCACCACCAUCCCCAUCACUGUCACCACUCUUCGUGACCACUGCCUUACGUCGUGAGCGCCUACCAUGGCUAGGGCCGUGCCAGCUUCACGAGCAUCGACGGUGCAUGGAGAAGAUGACGUGGCACGUCAACACUCCCCUCUGGAUGUGCCACAUCGUCCACACGGCAACGACACAUGCCGUCAUCGCCGUCCACAAUAGUGCAGCCGCCAUCGUAACGCCCGCCAACCACUGCCACGUCACCGCCUCGCCCACUGCCACAUUGGGCGAUGAUUACGGGACAUGA